AUGUUGCGCCAAUCUCUCAGACCAGCAUCUAGACUUCUUACAAGAAGCUCGUUCCGUCAGGCCGUGCGCUUCAACUCGGCAGCUGCUGAGAGCGCCCCAGUCGACCCCAAGAUAUCCGCCAUUGUCGACCAGAUCUCCACAUUGACCUUGUUGGAAACCUCCACCUUGGUUUCUGAGCUUAAGACUAGAUUGAAUAUCUCCGACAUUGCUCUCCCUACUGCUGGUGCAGCUCCAGCAGCUCCAGCCGCCCCUGUUGAGGAGGAGGUCAAGGAGGUGGUUGAGGAGAAGACCAUUUUCGCCAUCAAGUUGCAAGAGUUUGACGCUAAGGCCAAACCAAAGAUCAUCAAGGAGGUCAAGGGCUUGUUGGGAUUGUCCUUGGUUGAGUCCAAGAAGUUUGUCGAGGCUGCUCCUAAGGUGUUGAAGGACAACGUCGCUAAGGAAGACGCUGAAAAGAUUAAGGCCACCUUGGAGGGAUUAGGUGCCAAGAUCGUCUUGGAGUAG